AACUUAUAUGAACCGCGCAAUACUAAAAUAUACUGCAAAUUUAUUUUUUUAAAUAACUGGACUUCAAAAACAGUAGAAAAAUAAAAGAACCUCCCAGGUCCCGCUCAUCGAUUGAUUGAUUGUUAAAUAAUGGAAGUUUCAUCUGAUCCAUAUGAGCUGAAAUUAUAUCAAAUGUUUGAAAGCUGUGAUACAGAAAGCUGUGGUCUUCUUAAUCAGGAUGCAUUACGUCGACUAUGUACCUUGCUGGAACUGCGUGAUAAGGGCGCUGUGCUAAUUGAAAACCUUGCUGUCUCUGGCAAAAAUCAACAUGUCUCCUUUGAAUGUUUCAAAGAGGCACUGCUUAAUUUUCUAGGCACUGAGCUCGACGGCAAAGAAGUAACAUCAGUUACAACGGCAAAAUUUUCACACCCGCAAAUUCAAAACGCUACUCAUGACUGUGAACGUGUGUUGGUUAUAAGUGAUGAAGUGGAAACAUACGUGGACCAUGAACAAGAUUUAUCUGAUCGUGAAGUUUCUCCAAAACUUGUCAUGGGUACAAAAAAGUAUGGACGUCGAUCUCGACCACAACAGCAUGCUGUGGAUGAAUUUUCUCUAUCCGAUUCGGAAGACAAUGAAUACAGAGAGGAAAAUCGCUGUAACAAACAUAAUGGCCACAUUGUACAACGUUCUUCUUCACAUACCGAUAUACCCGGUACAAGAUGUCGUCGAUUUACGUCGUUAAAUGGCAACAAACUAAAGCGUUGUUCUUCAUUACCGGCGCAAAAAACACCAAAACCUACAAUCGCCAAGUCCAAACCAGGACUUGGCCUAAAUAAAAAUACUAUUUCGUCCAAAGACAACCAACUUGGUAGUAGUGUCGAAUCACUAGAUGCACCUAAUCUAAUGGAAACGAUUUCAAGGCAUACCAUAAUGGAUAUUUGGGAGCAUGCGAACAUAUCAAAUAGUAAAAGCAUACUCUUAGCGCUUGGAUGCGAUGAAGAUGAAAUAAAUGUAGCACAUUUGAGUAAAGUAUUGGAAGAAGAACUAAGCAACAUACACGAUGACGGUGAAUCCACAUUAUGGCGUGCUGCUUUGGCCUUGCAGAGUGCUGAAUUAUCGACGCUAAGACACGCCCUCCGACAAUUACAUGAGGAAAAUUUGAAAUUGCGUGCGGAUAACAAAGAUGCAAAUCGACGUGUCACAAUGCUUGCCGUAGAAAUUGAUGAAAGACAUGCUUCUCUGGAGGAUACUUCUAAAAAAGAGAUAAAGAUGUUGGAACAGCGUCAUGCUGCUGCUGUGCGUGAGCUGACAACGCGUAUGGCCAACGAUCGAGAACACUGGACUAAUUUAACUUCACGCUUAGAAGCACGUAUAAAGUCUUUUGAACAGGAUGAAAUUCGUUUCAAAACGGAACUCGAACUUGCGCGUAAGGAAAACACAGAAUUAGAUGGAGAGCAACAAAAAUUGUCAAAACAAGUGAAUGAAUUAAUUGAAAAAAAUACUCAACUUAAUCGCGAAAUAAAUUUGAAACAAAAUUCGACAUGUGAAGAGCAUAAUUGUAGUACAACAGAAAAAACUUCUCAAGAUGAAAUGCUGCAGCUAAUUGAAAAAAUAGAUGGUCUUCAAUUAGAAAAUAAAAAUUUGCGUGACAAAAGUGAUGAACUCGUAGCAGAAAUUGAGAACUUAAAUUUCGAAAUGCAACGUAUGAAAGCAAAAGGCAUUAAAAAAUCUUCUAUUGCCACUGGCAGCAAUGUCCAAGGAACUGAAGAAAACGUGCAACUGGAAGAAAAUGAACAAGGUAAUGGUCUCAGUGCGGUGAAACGUCGUGGAGACUCACCAAGUAAAACACGCAUGACAGAGGAAAGUCCACGUUUAGGUAAAUUGCGACGGUGCGGAAACGAGACAGGAGGUAGUGAAAACAGUGACACAAGUGGCGAAUGGAUGGCGCUUAACUCGGAGCUACAAAGACUAGAAGGUAGCAAAACAGUUCAAAACAUGCAAAACUCUGCAGAAGUAUCGUUACUAAAAGAACAAAUUACCGCUUUGGAAAUGCAAGUGAAAAAUAUGCAAGGAAGCAGUAGCAGUACUUCUGUAGAAGAACGUUGCAAAGAACUAGAAACAAGUCUAGAACAAAUGCAGCGAGCUUAUGAAGAUUGCGAAGAUUAUUGGCAGUCAAAAUUAUCCGAGGAACGACAGUUAUUCGAAAAAGAGCGCCAGAUAUAUGAAGAGGAGCAACAAGAGAGUGAUAAAAAAUUCACAGAACUUAUGGAGAAAGUAAGGGAAUAUGAAGAACAGUUUAGUAAAGAUGGUCGUUUAUCACCAAUUGAGGAAAAAGACACAUUGGAACAGCAAUAUGCCGAUUUAGAGGCUGAGGCAGAUGAAUUACGAGAAAAUUCACGUAAGAUUUUUCAAGAAAAAUCCAAGGAAAUUGAAUCACUACAAUUGGAAAUUGAAGAUUUACGUUUACGUUUGGGUGAGAGCGUAGAAAUAUUAACCGGGGCUUGUGAGUUAAGUACCGAAAAUGCAGUUAACUGCGCUACAAAUAUAAAUGCAAACGCACAAAGUUCAGCAAGUUCUCCGAUCAGCUACCUGUGGCACCAAAGCACCAUACAAGAACCAAAUAAGCUUUAUCAAUCUCUUGAAAGCGGAGAUGUCAUCAAUAUUUCUUCACCUACGGCCAGCACUAAUAAAUCACUAAAUCGAAAUAAUUUGUCCACAUCGGCUACAGCUAUAUUUAGUACAACACCAAUUGAUUCGUGCGUAAUAUCCGUAGAGUCAUCACAAACAAUUUCACCGAUACAAAAACCGAAAACUAAUUCAAAACCUUUAGUUGAAAGCGAAGUUGGUGAUUGUGAGACCUCUUCGACAUCAUCCGAAAGAGGCUUUGAAACGCAGAGUAUUACGUCUACACAAAGCGUUCAUCGAUCUCAAGGUGAAAACGCAGUCAGAUCAAACGUAUCCUCAAGUCAGGACAAUUACAGUUCCAGUGGCCUUAAAGAAGAACUGAAACGCUUGAAGUUCUUCGAAUUAUCAUUAAAGGAGCAAAUUAAAGAUUUAUCACUUCAACGCGAUGGUUUAGUUAUGGAACUGCAACAAUUACAAGAAGCUAAACCAGUACUUGAAAAAGCUUAUGCUCGUACCGCCCAUCCAACGCUAAUCCAACGUGUUAAUCAAUUGGAACUUAAAAAUCGUCACUUGCAAAAUGUUAUUAAGCAACAACAACAAUACACUGAAUCAUUAAUGCAACAAUCGUGGCGACAACAUCAAUUAGAACUUACCGACUUGCAUGGUCGAAUCGAAGCUCAAACUGUUAUGCUUGCUGAACAGACACAACGCCUACAAAAUGCUGAUCUCCUCGUCAAGGAUCUGUAUGUGGAAAAUUCAAACUUGGCUUCUACUGUACAACGAUUGGAGCAACAACGAGCACGAACAUUGCUGAUGCAUCAACAGCGACAAACAUUAAAUACAUUACCAGGAAUGCCUUAAAAUAAUUAUAGUUACUUUAAAACUUCCAAACUCUGAUAACAGUCCAACCCAAAAAUGUAGUGUGGGCUAUCCCAACAAUUUAUUUCGUUUAAUUUAUUGCAGUGUAUUUAAGCGUUUAAUUUAUUGCAGUUUAUUUAAAAAAAAUUACAUUACAAAAUCUGAGUGAUAUCACAAAAAUUAAAUUAUUGCUUCGCCUAGACGAAAAUUAAAAAAAAAAAUUUACACCGUCACACCUGUUACAGCGGUUGUAAGUUACCCAUUCCCUUGAAGAGUAGACUGAAGUAUGCGAAGAAAAUUGUUAUUGCUGUCAUUGGAGAGUCCCAAGAUAUUUAAGUUUUCAUAUCUUUUAGAAAUAAUCAACGAAUAGUCAAAUUUUUUGUACAAUGUGUUAGUGAUUUAGCCAAUAUUUGUUAAAUAUUAUUGUAGACGUUUCUUUUAAAAAUCCCUACUUCUAUACUUCUUUUGAAUUUAUGUGGGCGAACGCAUCUUAUUAAUGCUUUAUAGUAUUAUGUAUUGUUUUCUAAUAAUCAAAUUGAUAUUUUUUACGUCCUGCCCUAUUUACUAAAUAUAUAAGUGCAAUUAACCAAUCAGCUAUUAAGAAAUCCUCACACUAUCGUAGUACUUAAUUGUAUAUUGCAACAAAAAGAUAAAAGACAAAAAACAAGAAACAAAAACUAUAACUAUGCAUCGACGUAAAAUUAUAUAUGU